UUCUGUUCUACGAAUCGUCAUGCGGAAAUCAAUGACGGAGAAAAGGUCGUACAAACGAGAAGAAUAUUAGUUUACGGCUGAUAAAAGGAAGAGAUAAAGAAACUCGAGUUACCUAGAGGACGUAAUUAUAAUAUACUAAAUAUAUACAUACACAUAGAUUUUGAUAAAGAAGUGAAUUCUACUAGACGGUGAUACGAGAGCACGAUUCGUUCUUGGGGUCGAAUCUUAUUUCAAGUUUUAUUGAAACUAAAAUAACAAAGAGAGGGAAAAGGAAAGAUCGAAAAAAUGUCCAAGCCCGAAAUUGAGAUGCAUUACACACCGCCGACUUCGGACACUAUUCAGACAAAGCCCUUUCCUAUCAGAGGGGAACGUGCAAAUUACGUGAACAAACCACACGUAAUAGCCAUGGUUGGGCUGCCCGCACGAGGAAAAACGUAUAUAUCGAAAAAGCUGUGUCGAUACUUGAAUUGGAUUGGUAUAAAUACGAAAGUAUUUAAUUUGGGGGAAUACCGGAGGCAUGCGACAACGGCAUAUCAAUGUCACGAGUUUUUCAGACCUGACAAUAUCAAGGCGAUGGCGAUAAGAACGCAAUGUGCCAUUGACGCGCUGAACGACGUUUGUCAAUGGUUGGAAAACGGCGACGGCGAAGUUGCAGUUUUCGACGCGACGAAUUCGACCAUCGACAGGAGAAGGAUGAUACACGACAUUGUCGUUAGGAAAAUGGGUUUCAAAUUGUUUUUCGUCGAAUCUGUUUGCAACGAUCCCGAAAUCGUUGAACAAAAUAUUAUGGAGGUAAAAGUAAGCAGUCCUGAUUACACCAAUAUGAACAAGGAAGCGGUGUUGGCCGACUUUAUGAUGCGGAUAGAACAUUACCAAGAGAAGUACAACCCGUUGGAUGAGAGUUGCGAGGUUGACUUGUCCUUUAUGAAAAUUUACAACACAGGAGAAAAGGUUCUGGUCCACAAACACGAGGGACACAUUCAGAGCAGAAUAGUUUACUACUUAAUGAAUAUACAUAUUGUGCCUCGAACUAUAUACUUGACCAGACACGGGGAAAGUAUUAUGAAUCUUGAUGGGAGAAUAGGUGGUAAUUCUGAUCUCAGCUCUAGAGGACACGAGUACAGCAACGCGCUAGCUCAAUUCAUCGCGGAGCAGGAUAUACAGGGUUUGAGGGUUUGGACUAGCUGGCUCAAGAGGACUAUACAAACCGCGACUGGAGUUCAAGCUCCACAAGAACGGUGGAAGGCUUUGAAUGAAAUUGAUGCGGGAAUUUGUGAGGAAAUGACCUAUGAAGAAAUAGCUGAGAAAUAUCCAACUGAUUUUGCGGCAAGGGACCAAAAUAAAUUUUCGUAUAGGUACCCAAGAGGUGAAAGUUACGAGGAUUUAGUUGCUCGACUAGAGCCAGUCAUUAUGGAAUUGGAACGUCAGGGUAAUGUUCUUGUUGUGAGUCAUCAGGCUGUUCUACGAUGUUUGCUUGCCUAUUUCCUGGAUAAAAGUGCAGACGAGUUACCAUACUUGAGUGUUCCACUACACACUAUUAUGAAGCUAACACCUGUGGCUUAUGGAUGCAAAGUUGAGCACAUCAGGUUGCCAAUAGAUGCAGUGGAUACUCAUCGGCCAAAACCAAAGAAUUGAUGAGGUGAAUAUUUUAAUUCCUUAAGAAUUGAUAGGAAAAAAGAAAUUGAUAAUAUUAUUAUUACUUACACUACUACUGCUACUAUCUUGUCCCGGUGCUUGAGCCAUGUGCUAAUAAAAUAACUUUUACUUA